AUGGCUCAGUACAAGGGCGCCGCGAGCGAGGCAGCCCGUGCCUUGCACCUGAUGAAGAAGCGAGAGAAGCAGCGCACGCAAAUGGAAGAGUUGAAGCAGCGGAUAGCAGCAGAGAACAGAAUACAAUCCAGCGUCGACAAGAAGUUCUCUACACACUACGAUGCCGUGGAGGCAGAACUCCAGUCCAGCACUGUGGGUCUCGUGACCCUGAAUGACAUGAAGGCCAAGCAGGAAGCCCUAGUGAAGGAACGAGAGAAGCAGCUGGCCAAGAAGGAGCAGCCCAAGCAGCUACAGCUGAAACUGGAGAAGCUGCGGGAGAAGGAGCGCAAGGAGGAGGCCAAGCGCAAGAUCUCUGGUCUGUCCUUCACCCUGGAGGAAGAGGAGGGAGCCGUACAUGAGGAGGAGCUGGAAAUGGAACAGCUCACCACAAAGAGGAGGAAGUUAGGGAAGAAUCCAGAUGUGGACACGAGCUUUUUGCCUGACCGAGAGCGUGAGGAGCAGGAGAACCGGCUGCGGGAAGAGUUGCGGCAGGAGUGGGAAGCCAAGCAGGGAAAGAUCAAGAGUGAGGAGAUUGAAAUCACUUUCAGCUAUUGGGAUGGCUCUGGGCACCGGCGCACGGUCAGGAUCAAGAAGGGCAACACGACGCAGCAGUUCCUGCAGAAGGCACUGGAGAUCCUGAGGAAGGACUUCCGUGAGCUCAGGUCGGCUGGCGUGGAGCAGCUCAUGUUCAUCAAGGAGGAUCUGAUCAUCCCCCAUCAUCACACCUUCUAUCAUUUCAUUGUCACCAAGGCCCGAGGAAAGAGUGGGCCGCUCUUUAACUUCGACGUGCACGAUGAUGUGCGACUGCUCAGUGAUGCCACCGUGGAGAAGGACGAGUCGCAUGCUGGCAAGGUGGUGCUGAGGAGUUGGUACGAGAGGAACAAGCACAUCUUCCCUGCCAGCCGCUGGGAGCCCUACGACCCAGAGAAGAAGUGGGACAAGUACACGAUCCGCUGAGGGAGGAGCUGUGUGGCUUCAGCUGGCCCAGG